GAAGGUUUUAGCUUGUUAGGUUUUCUAUAGUGACUCCGUUUCGCCACGAACUGUGGCAUUAGGGUUUUCUCUUUUCGGUUUUUUGAGAUUUGGUUGAAGUCUUCACUUUUCUCUUUCUAACUCUCUCCAGUCUCCAUGGAUCUUUCAGAUCUUAAUUCCGCUGAAAUGCAGAAAUUCUACUCUGAAGAACAACAAAGAGCCAUGAUUAAUGAAAUGGUGUCAAAGCUAACAAGUGAAUGCUGGGACAAAUGUAUCACAGGUACUCCCGGGAAUAGUUUCAGUUCCAGUGAAUCUAAUUGUCUUUCAAACUGUGCACAGCGUUACAUGGAGAUGAGCAUGCUUAUCAUGAAAAAGCUUCAGAAUAUGCAAUGAAGUUCAAAGGCUAUCAACUUGCUUUCUCAGUUAACAAAUCUAAUAUUGAAUUUCUCUUUUGCUUGGUCAUAAAUAUUGGAAUCUUAUUAUUUAGCAGACUUUUUUAAGACUAAUUUGUUGUUGCCGAACCUGUUAUAUGAAAAUCUUUAGUUUGCUUUUUGUCAUUCCUGAAAUUUAGAGGAAAAGAAAAGCCUAGGGCCUAUGAUGCAUAGCUUAUGGGUUGUGUCUGAUUAUAGCUUAUUGGAAUCGCAAGUGGUUUGCAAUUUUAAAAUUGUCAGUGGUGCAAACAAAAACAGAUUAUUCAUGUUGCGAAAAAUGUUAUUGUACAUGUUCUCUCUCCCUUUUAUCUUGGAAAAAAAAUGGGUUUCCUUAAUAGCUCUACAGUAUGUUGUCAUCUUAGCAAGGUUCACCACUGGAGGCGUAGUGCAUAUUCCAUUUCAAAAUGUUGCUACAUGCAGUUACUUUUAAAUUCUUGUCCAACCAUUAACAAUAUUCGAUGGUUAAGGCAAUGCGCCUUCGGUUGAUCAACUUCCGUUGAUAAUACACAAUUCCAAAAAGGCGAGGGAGGCCAAGCUUCUGUGUCCAGUAUGUUGUUUGGAACACUGGGCUGUUGAUUAUGUCAUUUGAUUGUUUGUUGAGGGUACUAAAACGUGGGAGCACUUCUGGGGGGAGGCGUAGAAAGAUUUCAAAGAGAACAUCAUUACACAGUUCCACUGGUGGAGGAGGAGAGGGAGAAGGACAAGAAGUUUGGAAGAAGAAUUGUAUGAAUUCCACAAUCCAUUUCCAGCGUUUGGAUAGUAGCAUUUUCCCCCCCUUUUCAAGAAUAGGUAUUCUAUUGCAUUAGCCAAUUGGAAGAUUCUGUUAUUAACUGGUAAAAACUUGGACCUAAAUCUGGAUAAUUGUGAAGCGGCGGUUCUGACUUUCAUUGUAGAGCUUGUUAUUAUAUAACCAUGUUAGCUAAGUGCGAUGUGGAGAUCAAACGUUUGGCUUGGAGACUAACACGGAAGACCUUCCAUAAUUUGUAGCAUGGCACAAAUGCAAUUAUAAUUUAUGACUUGUAUGUAUAUCAACAUGUGGUAUGGAGUUGACAGUGGACUACAAUCACCAUAAUCAAACUUCCCUUAUCUGGAUUUUUUGCCAAAUCUGUGGCAUGACUCUUAUAAUGAGAAGUGAUAAUGUUUUU